GCAACAUAUGCGAAUCGUUUUCAUGAGCUUUGCGCCAACGAGUAACUCAGGGACACGGUCCCGGGAAACUUCGACCCUGACUCCCUCAGAUUUGCUCGUGUCCCACAUCUCUGAUUCAUGCCUCCCUACACGGAGUGUGGCACACUCUUUCAUGGUCUUAUCGCUAACCGCCCGUGCAACAAUUGCACUCAGAUCAGUCUCAACACUUCACAAAUCGGGUGCGCGACGAUCCGGACAUGCCGUUUGUUCCGUAGAUAGCUUCGAUCGGUGUUAUUCGCCACCAUCACAACACGCUUAUCAGAGCAUUGCCACCGAUUCCCCUGCCUACAGCCAUCCCAGUGGGCUUGGGUUUGGGCACGCGGCAAGGGAUUGA